UCGCCAGGGGCAGGGGGUGGCAGCGUCUCGAUUUGUACGGCCUCUGCUUCCGCUCGAACGUUCAUCCCCCUCUCUUGCGUCCUUUCCCGUGGAUACCAAACCCUCUGUAUCUCACGCAGACCCUAUCCUAUUGGACCAUAUGUGCCCUCACGUCCAUGUCCCGUCCGAUGAAUCGGUCUGGCUACUCGUAUCCGCUCUCUUCUGUAACGAUGCCUCUUAUCUCUUUCUCACGAACUCUAGCUUCUCUUUCGUACAUUUGCUCGGCUUGUAGCUUUCCUCUUGCGCCCUGUCUCCUUUUCUCCUCGUCCUUCGUCAUCGUGAUACCCUCUCUUCAAGUUGGACUUUGGACUCGUUUUUUUGUCUCUUCCACAGUCAGUUGUAUGACUUGGACUCCUAAUUUUUUCUUUCUUUCUAAUUUCCCCCCCGUAUCCAUAUUUGUUUCUUGUUCCUUACUUCAUUUCUUUAUCUAUUUUUUGCUUUCCUUCAUUUCAUUUCCGGGUUGUUGUUUACCUCUUUGUUUCCCCCCCCAUCUUCAUUACUCUCCACACACAUCCGUAUUCUUACUCUCUAAAUCUCCUAUCAUCUCUGUCUUUUUGUUCCCUUGCCACGUUUUCUCGGGACGCUUUGCCUCCUUUCUAGAAACAUUCAUCCUUGCACGAACUUGGACUCGCCAUCUUCAUGAUCCAUUUGUCAUGAUUUCUGUCCACUUUGCUCUGUUGAUAUAUAGCUAAACAAUGCAUUCAUUACAUUACUACCGGUCCCUAUGACGGUGACCGGACUGCAUGGGCUAUUUUCCGUUUGCACUGCGCUUGGCAGAUGCCCUUUGCACGAUUCACUACAGAGGUUGUUGUGCGUACGCAUUGGUUGCCAUCCAUAGGCAUACAUGUGUAGUGCUU